CUGUCAGUCUAAAAUUAUUUUGGCGCCGCUUCGGCUCAGACAUCAAUCUGUCAAAUAUUUGUUUACAAAACAAGGAAUCUUUGUUUUUCUAAAUUCUCUAAUUAUGCCCCUCACUGCGGAAACAGCCACACUACAGGUGCAGGAGCGUCUCAAGUCCAUCCAGUCGAUAAUUCACGAGCUCGAUAAUGAGCGAAAGCGCAACGAGGUGAACAUCAACAACAUCCUGAAAGCGCAGGGAAAACUCUCGUCAGAGGACAAGUCAAUGGUGUAUCAGCACAAGGUGAAGACGCUCUACAAGGUGGGCAUAGCGGAUUGCGUACAGGAGGAGAACCUCAUCCGGCAAGCGUUGGCUAAGAUUCACGAGAUUCGGGCCAUUCGCAAUGAGCGGCGCAUCGAGGCGCGCAAUGCUGGCAACAAAGAGACCAUCCGCCGUGGAGCGCUCAUGGUUAUGCUGGAGAUCUCGGCGCAGACUCUGCCCCUGUUCGUGGGCAAGCCCGGCGAGAAGGCGCCUCCGCUGUGUGGCGCCGUGCCCGCCGAGAGCACCUACAUCGCCAAGCCAGGAGACAUGGUGGCGGCGCAGGUGAAGGUGACCGACCAGGAGAACUGGAUCAUCGCCGAGGUGGUGCAGUUCCUCAGCAGCCAGAAGUACGAAGUGGACGACAUCGACGAGGAGCAAAAGGACAGACAUGUGCUGAGCAAGCGGCGCAUCGUGCCGCUGCCCGUAAUGAGGGCCAAUCCCGAGACAGACUCCCAUGCUCUCUUCCCAAAAGGCACCACCGUGAUGGCCCUGUAUCCGCAGACCACAUGCUUCUACAAAGCCAUCGUCAACAGCCUGCCGCAAACGGCCACGGAAGGAUACGAGCUGCUCUUCGAGGAUCCCAGCUACCCGGAGGGAUACUCUCCGCCGCUCCAGGUGGCCCAGCGAUACGUGUUCUCCAUCAAGCAAAACAAGAAAUUCAGCUCAACAGCCACGCUAUGAAGAGUUGGUAAAUAAAUUGUAGAAAUUU